GUUAUCUUUCAACAGAAAAAUCUCUGGAAACCAUCUUCUCCGACGGUUCCUUCAUUCAGUCAGCACUCAGCAGCAAUGGCUGCAAUUGAAGCAGCAGCAUUCUCCAUACUUUCUUCUUCCUCUUCGCUCCCGUCAACUUCCCCUAAAUGCUCUUUGCACUUCCUUAAACUUCCCAUUUCCACCUGUGCCCUUCCUUUUUCCUCGAAACGCCCACUAUAUCCCCUCCCUCCACUGCACUCCGCAAGAAAACCAAGGUUCCAAAUAUGCUCAACCUCCACAAUUGAAGAAGUUGUUACAGUAGAAGAAAAAACAGAGCCAUCCGAAGAGAAAACAGAGUCAGCCCCACAAACCAAUCAGAAAAGAAAGCUUUUUGUGCUAAAUUUGCCAUGGUCCUUCACCGUUGCUGAUAUUAAGAACCUCUUUGCUGAAUGUGGCACUGUUACUGAUGUUGAGAUUAUAAAGCAGAAAGAUGGUAAAAACAGGGGCUUUGCAUUUGUGACAAUGGCUUCUGGGGAAGAGGCUCAGGCUGCUAUUAAGAAAUUUGACUCUCAUGAAUUGUCUGGUAGGAUUAUCAGGGUAGAGCUUGCAAAGAGAUUCAAGAAACCCUCACGUUCACCUCCUGAGGUUCCUUCCCGUGGUGAGACCCGCCAUAAGCUGUAUGCAUCCAAUCUUGCCUGGAAGGUGAGGUCUAGCCACCUGAAAGAAUUCUUCUCUGCCUACAGUCCAGUUUCGGUUAGGGUUGUCUUCGAUAGUCCUUCAGGACGAUCUGCUGGGUAUGGUUUUAUCUCAUUUGCCACAAAGGAGGAAGCAGAAGCUGCAAUGUCUUCUUUGGAGGGCAAGGAGCUGUUGGGCAGACCUAUAAAAUUGAAGUUCAGUCAAAAGAAUGAUGACGAAUCUGAAAAUGAAGUGGAAGAAACGACCGAGGAACAACCUGCGGAUCAAUAGCUUCACACUGAUUCUGGCUUUGAUGAUGGUGCUUGCAGACAGAAGAGGAAAAUUACAAGUUAAGUUGAUGUUCUUCCUCUUAUCCUGUAUAUGAGCAGCCAGGAGCACCAUCAUCUACGUUUUUGCAUUUCCUUAGAUUAUACUCUGUAAGUACUCAAGCUAGCAGUCUGUAAUGGCCUUCGUCUGUUGUAUGAUAUUCUCCCUGCAGAUUUUACACUAUACAGUCUUAGCAACGUAGAAAUUGUACAAUCAUGAAUCUUGUGGCAGCUCAAUACUAGGCACAUAGUUUGUGUACACAAAUAUGAUUGUGAAAUCUCCAUAGCAAUUACUUGCAAAUAAAUGAGACUUUUCUUACUUUA